AUGCCAACUGAGACAAAUAUCUUUAAACCGUUGCGUCAAAUGCAGCCGCAGCAGCAAGCUGAGAAUACAGAACUAUUGUGUAAUUCAAUGGCCACCUUUGAAAAGCUACUUUAUCACCAUGAGUUGCAGAUGCAACAUUUGUUUGAAAUGUACUAUCAAUCUCAACUACACCGAGAUCAAUUGAAGCAAUCACUUUCGUUACUUUUACAAACCCUAAGAUCAGGAAAUAAGGUUGUCCUUCUAGGAUGUGGUAAAUCUCAUAUUAUUGCAUCGAAAGCCGUGGCCACGCUUAGAUCUGUGGGUAUCCCAUCGGCAAUUCUACACCCUACAGAGGCAAUGCAUGGUGACAUGGGACUUAUCCAACAAGGAGAUGCCCUGUUAGUUUGUUCAAGCGGUGGCGAGACUGACGAAAUCGUUCAAUUUUUAAAAUACGCAAGUAGUCCGCUUGCCCCUUUACCAUUGCAAAAUAUUGUCAAAAUAGGUGCUUGUGCUAAACCUGAAAGUACAAUUUCACUAAUGUGCGAUUCACUGAUAUUGCUCCCUCAAAGAUAUCCAGAAACGGAGGUGCAAGAAGGGCUCAAGGCACCCACUUUAUCAACCACAUCAAUGCUCGUGACCUUAGACUGUCUAUGCAUCUCGCUGAGCGAAAUGUAUUACGAUGGUGAUCUUUCACUUCGCUCACAAAUCUUUAACGCAUCCCACCCUAGUGGUGGUAUUGGUCGCAGUCAUAAGAGUCAAACUUCCAUUGCACCAGCUGAUCCUGAAUUAUCAACAAUUGAUCGCAUAGGCAAAUUACCAAAACCCUUAGAUGAAUUGAACCUUUUACAGACGAUUGUAUUAUAUGAUUGGAUCCAAUGGAAAUCGCAUAUCGUGCCUUCAAAAUUGAUACAGAAGCUUUAUGCAGAAUGGAAGAAUGGGGGAAAUCUUCUGGAAUCAUUUCCACUGGAAGAUUUUCUGGAGCGUCACGUCGAAGAACACACGUAA